AGAUAAUUGAAAAAAAUUAUUAAAUAAAUAUUUAUAGUAAAAGUUUAUAAUGAAAUCGCGAAACCAAUCAAUAGUUUCAGCCAAAAAAUUGGAGAAGAAACACGGAUUUGGUUCAUGUAUUCCGACAAGAUGGACCGUGGUCAUUCUCUGUGCCCUUACUAAUGGACUCUCAUAUACAAUGCGAACCAAUCUUAACCUAACUAUCGUUGCGAUGGUUAAGAGAGCUAAUACAACCCAUUUUGAGACAUGUUUAGCACCGGGACAGACACUCGAACAGUCCCAAGAUGAGGUUGAGGGUGAUUUUGAAUGGACCGAAUCGAUGCAGGGCGUGAUUCUUGGCGCCUAUUAUUACGGAUAUAUAGUAACGAAUUGCUUUGGGGGACAAAUGGCUGAUUGGGUGGGCGCCCGAUGGCUGGUGGGCGCCUCUGUAUUGAGUUCAGGUGCAUUGACAUUACUUAUGCCCGUCUGUGCCAAAUGGUCUGAAUAUACCGUUAUAAUAGUCCGAAUACUUACCGGUUUAGUUCAGGGAGUGCUAACGCCAUCGCUGUACACAAUGCUGGCCUAUUGGGUGCCAUUACAAGAAAGGGGGUUCGCGUUAGCACUGGUACAGGUGGGCGGCAAUAUCGGCGCUGUAGUGACGGCGCCAUUGUCUUCGUCACUAUCACAACACGGUUUCGCCGGCGGCUGGCCCUCAGUGUUCUACGUGUUGGGCAUUAUGGGCUGUUUGGCGUUCUUGCCCUGGAUUUACCAGAUC